AUGUCAACACUGGGACCAACACCUAACAUACUUCCCAACUUUGUUUAUUAUGCAUGUACCAUAGCAUCAACCUUAAGUUUAUUAAUUUCGCUUUACUCAAUAAUUCAACAAUUAUUGAACUAUCGGAAACCUCAAGAACAAAGAUUGAUUAUUAGAAUACAAUUUAUGGUGCCAAUUUUUUGUGUAACUUGUUGGUUCUCAUCAUGUCUACCCUCUUCGGGAGGAUUGAUUUCCACAAAAAUUGCCAAAUUAUGGAUAUCGCCCAUACAAGAGUUUUAUGAAUCCUUUGUAAUAUAUACAUUCUUCUCUUUAUUAACACUAAUAUUGGGCGGAGAGAGGAAAAUCAUGCUAGAUUUGGCUUGGGAUAAACCUUUAAUACGACAUCCGAUUUUUAUUUUGGGAAAAUUAUUGCCACCGAUUGAUAUAUCAGAUCCCAAAGCCUUUCUAAAUAUCAAAAGGGGAAUAUUACAAUAUGUUUGGUUUAAGCCUUUUUAUUGUUUAGGGAUGCUAAUUGUGGAACUUGCUAGUGGUACGGACACUAGUAAUAAGACAGCUGAAUGGUGUGUGUUUUUAAAAAAUUAUUUGAUUAUAUUUUAUAACAUAUCUGCAUCACUAUCUUUAUAUGACUUGGCAUUAUUUUGGAAAUGCUUAUAUGGUGAUUUGGCCGCACAUAACCCAUGGCCCAAAUUUUUGUGUGUCAAGUUGAUUAUUUUUGCUUCUUAUUGGCAAGGAACACUAAUUGGAAUAUUAAACCAUUUUGGAUUUUGGAAUGGUAAUGAUAUUGAUGGUACCGAAGAUAUUGGGUUUGUAUAUCAGAAUGCCAUCUUAUGUAUUGAAAUGAUUGGAUUUUCUGUAGGCCAUUUAAUAGCUUUCAGUUUUUCUCCAUACACCUACAAAGCAAUGCCUAAUUGCGGUAGAAUGAAAUUUAAAUUUGCAGUUAGGGAUUGCUUUGGGAUAGGAGAUUUGGCAUACGAUUUUAAAACUACUUUUUUAGGGAAAAUAUAUAAUUAUAAAAACUUUGAUUCCAUUGAAAACGUUAGGUUAAUGAGAAACAAUAGCCAUUCAAGCAAUAGGUUGAGAAACGCAAGAGUUACUGAGGGAUUGAGAGUGAUUAACGGCGGAAGAGAUAGAUAUUGGAUUGAUACGAAGAAUAACAGCCGUAUCGACAACAAUCGUUCAUCUGUUUUAUCGCUAGUAGGAGACCAACAACAAAAACUAUUAUAUGCGAGCAACCAUCAGGGAUAUGAUAGUAUAUGUUCGAUUGAAAGUAGUACUAUAAGAACGGAUACGGGAAGUAAUAUUGGUAGUGAAGAUCUCAUUACUACUCAAAGCGACAUGAUCCAUCAAAACCUUAAUAGCAUAGAAAGCGAACCAUUAGUUGAUAUCUUAGAGGGAGUAGAUUCGAAAUAUGUGCCUCAAGAUCCAAAUUAUCCAGUAACUUGGGAUGUAAAAGGGUAUAAGUAUACAACAGAUAUAGAAAGAUUAAGAGAUUCUUUAGUGAGUAGAUAG